UCCACCACAGUCCACAGCUCCCUCAUCUGAUCUCUCUCCUGCCUCGCUCUUCUCGCCGUCUCCCCCUCUGUAUUUCGUCCUGCCCUCUCUCGUUCCUGGGCUAGUCCAGCGCAUGCGCCUCCGUAAUUGCAAUCUGAUAGGGAAUCAUCAACCCACCAGUCCUCUGACGCAAGAUUUGCUGCGAGGCUCGAGCUCGCGCGCCAUCUGUUCGACGCAAUUCCCCUGCAGCACCGUCGCUACCAUUUGGAGCCGCGCGGGAGGUAACGGUGUUUCUUAUGGCAUGUGCGUCUAGUUCUAUUGCCAUUGGUCCUCCCAACUACGGGUUGUAUGCGGGGACAAGGAUACUCUCACCGAGCUACAGGAACUUCACACGGAAAUCCUCUUACAAGUUUCUCAAGGUCCGCGCCCUGCAGGGAAACGAUGGCCGUAGAAGGCUGAUUGACAUAAUCCGGAUCAUCCCUGAGCUGUCAAGAAACUAUUUCAAAACCGGAUCCAGAAGAGCUCUGUUUGGCGGCAUCUCGAUCUUGGGUGGCUUUUAUGUCGCGCAGACAAUUUCACUGUCAUUCGGUGCUUUGGCUGUGAACGAUGUUAUAGCAGCAGUUGUGUGCGUCCUCCUGACCGAGUAUGUGACCAAGUUCUACUACAGCCGGCCUAAGGUUACCUUCCCUGUCGCGCUCCUCAACAAUUUCAAGAUGGGUUUCACAUAUGGCCUCUUCAUCGAUGCCUUCAAGCUUGCAAGCUGAGCUGUAUUACCUCCUGCUGGUGCUUCAUGUGCUAUCCUGUCACAGCAAGUGGGCAAAGGUAGUGAGAGAACUCAAAAACAAUUGAUGUGUUACGAGGAUCUAUACCUUUGUUCCUUAGUCUUGUAUUAAUGUGUGAAGAUUGGCUCAUAUCUGGUAUAGAACGUGGUCUGCAGAUCUGGUUUGUAGCCUGCAGCUUACACUAGUGAUAUCUACUGUCAGUGUGCAAUAAGCUAUACUACUGGCUAUCUAAUCUUAAGUAGAGCUUGCUUUGAAAUUAUUCCAGCCCAUUCUGAAGGCAGGCUGUAGCACUUCUAGCUAUUUAAUCUAGAGUAGAGUUUGUUUUGCUAGUA